CGACUUCCUUGUUCUGAACCAUGGCCAAAUUCAAAUCCAGGAUUACCAGGCUCUUGAAGAUUUCGACGCCAGUGAUAUCGGCGCCGAUGGCAGGCGGGACCUGUGCCCGACUCGCUGCGGCGGUCACCUCCGCGGGCGGCUUUGGUUUCAUACAAACUGGGUACGACCCCGCCGAGAAAUUCGAGAAAGAGCUCUUCACCGCUCGCGAGAUCCUAGGCACUUCCCGAAACGAGCCCCUCCGCAUCGGGGUGGGUUUCAUAGGGUGGAUUCUGGACGAACGCCCAGAACUAGGUCGAGACCUCAUCCCGCUCGCGCUCCAAAACCGCGUCUCCGCCCUGUGGUUCGCCUUCGGCGCGGACUUACGUCGCUGGAUCCAACUCGCGCGCACGGCCGAGGCCGAGCUCGGAUAUGGGCAGCAGACGCCCAUAUUCGUUCAGCUUUCGUCGCCACAAGAAGCGGUCCAAGCUGUAGAACAGUGGGGUGCUGACGUGAUAGUCGCCCAAGGCAUCGAAGCAGGCGGACACGGAUCGGCCACGGCACCACCUCUUCUCAGCCUGAUACCGUCCACGUUGGCAGCCCUGCGCUCCGCUGGACUGCAGGAUGUGCCGGUACUGGCUACGGGCGGGCUGGCGCGUGGCAGCCAAGUGGCCGCUGUCCUUGCGCUCGGCGCUGACGGCGCAGUUCUCGGCACUCGCUUCCUACUCUCGCAUCAAUCUCUCUAUACCGACGCGCAGAAGAAGGUGCUCCAGGAAGCGGACGCGACGUCGACGGUGCGCUCGAUGGCGUUCGACUAUUCGCGGUGGACCGUGGGCUGGCCUGCCGGGAUAGAUGGGAGAGGUGUCCGUAAUCGUGCUGUGGAAGAGUUAGAAGAUGGAUCGAAGCCGGAAGAGCUGCGCGAGCGGUACGCAGAGGCGGUUAAGGAGGGGCGAACGGACAGGGCUGUUGUGUGGUCGGGUCAAGGGGUCGGGCUCGUGUCCGAAGUCGCUGAUGCCUCGGAUAUAGUACGCGAACUACACGAGGAAGCCGUGUUGCAUCUUCGUGCAUCGGCCGGCGAUAUCUUAGACGCACCCUAGAUUGCCACAAUGAAAUGAUGAUGAUCAUAUUCAG